ACAAGUAUAUAAAUCCAUGGUCGCAGAGCUUGGAGUUCAUAGAGAGAAAGGUAAACAUGGAUACCAUAGGGAACCAAACACGUCUUUGUAGCAUAGUCAUGUUAAUGUUAUUGUGCACAAUGAUCUUCUUCAGCUGCAGUGCUGCUUCUACCAAGGUAGCCAGUGAAAGUGAAGAAAGUUUGGUGUCAUCAACGGGUAGGCCUAAGAUGCUUAUCGGAUCAAGUCCACCAACCUGCAUUUCCAGGUGUGACAAUUGCACACCCUGCAAACCAAUUGUUGUACCAUUUCCACCUCCUGUUCCACUGCAAACCCUCUCUACCUCUGAGCAACUUAACACAGCCUUCCAGCGAUCCGAUGACUUUGGGCCUCAGGCUGUGAUCUGGAAAUGCACGUGUGGCGGCAAGCUGUGCACAUACAAUUGGAACCACAGCAUAUGCUUCUUUAUGACUGAAAGACUGUACAACUUUUUUCCAAGUGGUAGAGGAUCAGACUCAUCAAUUAUUUCACCACCUCAAACACAAGUACAUGAAGACAUUCUUGUGAAUUUACAUUAAAAAAACUCAUGAUGUUCCAUCUUCCGAUCGUGC